CAAAACAAAAAUAUUUUGAUGAAUUUUCGUGAAUUUCGUUGAUUUUUAGCUAAAAAUGGCACUUCGGUGUCUUACCUGUGAUAUUUUAUUGGAUCCUGAAGCCGCUAAUGACCUUUAUAAAGAAGUUCCGGAGUGCAAAUCAUUCAUAAUGGCUGAAAUUUAUGAAGAUUGUCUUCAGUUGGAAGCUGCAAAGGACUCCUACGUUUGUGAUGGAUGCAAAGUUCAGCUAAUUUUGUUCUAUCAGUUCAAAUUGAAAGUUGCUGCGGUUCAUCUGAGACGAAAAAAUGAAGAAAAAUCUGAUUUAAAGUCAAUUUUAGGUACUGAAAAUGAAGAAAAAUUACCUUUGGAUCGAAGUUUUGAUGAAAAAUCUGAAGAAAAUGACGAAAAAUCCCCGGAAUUCAACUGUCCUCAAUGUUCGGCGACCUUUUUAGUUCCCUCAGCGCUCGAAAUUCACAUCAAAGGCUUACAUUCGAACGAAAAAUCCAUCAAUUGCAUCGAUUGUCAUCAAAAUUUCAACACAAAAGAGGAUUUAAAAACUCAUCAAACUGAAUUUCAUGCUUCAAAAUCGUUCAUUUGUCACUUUUGCGGCAAUACUUUCACCAAAUCCAGCCAAUUGCGGGUCCAUUUGAAGGCAAAACACGAAAAAAAUGACGAAACCAAAGCAAAUCAAGGAGUUUCAUGCGAAAUUUGUAGCAAAAAGUUGUCAAAUCAGUCGGCUUUGUAUCGUCAUCGCAUCACAAUUCACCAAAAAUUGCCCCAAAAUCGUCCUUUUUCGUGUGAAAUUUGCAAAAGUCGAUGGCCUUCGAGGAGUUCUUUGGAAAAUCAUCGUUUGAGUAAACAUUCCGGCUCGAAAAACUUCAAAUGUGCCAUUUGUGAGAAAUGUUUCGCCGUGAAAUAUCAUUUGGCGACGCAUAUUAAGCGAGUUCACUGCUAUACCAAAGAUUUCGUUUGUCACACUUGCGGAAAAUGCUUCAAAAGUCAAAAUUACCUCAAUUCGCAUUAUCUCGUGCAUUCACAAGACAAAAAUUUCAGUUGUGACGAUUGCGGGGCGUCGUUCAAGCAGGAAGCGAGUUUGUACAUUCACAAAAAAAUCCAUCGUGAAACCCAAGAAGGCGUUAAAUACAAUUGUGAUAUUUGCGAAAAGACGUUUAGGAACGCUCGAACACUGAAAAAACAUCAAAUGACGCACAAUGGACCCGAUUUGGAGUGUGAGCAUUGCGAGAAAAAGUACAGGCAGAAGGAUUCGUUGACGAAACACAUUUUGUCGGUGCAUAAAAAAGUCAAGACGCGAGUUGUGUGUCGCAUUUGUCAUAAAACGAUGUGGAAUCGGGGCAAGAUGAGGAGUCAUGUGAUGGAAGAACAUGAGGAAAAAUUAAAGGAUACGGAGAAGACGGUCGAUGAUUACCUGGAAAAUGUACAAAUAAGAGAUGAGAGAAAAAAUAAGAGGAGUUUGGAGAUUAUUAGUGUGCAAAUAUUGAAUUAAAAUAAUUUUUUUAAUGAAGAAAUU